CCUCUGAGAAUGUGCAGUUGUACAGUAUUUCCCAUAGACAGACAGAGCUUUGACAGAGACAAAGCGGCUGCAGUAGCUCACCAGUCCUAUGGUAUUCUGCAGUGCGUCGAGCGUAUGCUGUGCUGACACGACAAAGCUUUGUUUCGUGUUUGCAAAGCCCUGAUCCAAGCGGGGUCUAUAAAGAGGUCUGGUACAGGCCGACAUUUGGCCUGGUCUGAACUUAGCACAGUUACAAUGGGCAAGAUUAUUUUCUACGAAGACAGGAACUUCCAGGGUCGUCACUAUGAGUGCAGCAGUGACUAUUCUGAGAUGCAAAACCACCUCAGCCGUUGUAACUCAAUAAGAGUGGAGAGCGGUUGUUGGGUGGCCUACGAGAAGCCCAAUUAUGCCGGCUACCAGUACAUGCUGCACAAGGGCGAGUACCCCGACUACCAGCGCUGGGCCGGCUUCAACGACUGCAUCCGCUCCUGCCGUAUGGUGCCACCUUACAACGGGAACUACAGGAUGAAGAUCUUUGAGCGGUCUGACUUUGGGGGCCAGAAUCUGGAGCUAAUGGAAGACUGCCCAGAUCUGCAUGAGCGUUUCCACACCCGUGACAUCUCCUCCGUCAAUGUCAUGGAGGGCUACUGGAUGCUGCACGAACACCCCAACUACAGGGGACGCCAGUACUUCCUGCGUCCCGGUGAGUACAGGAGGCACAGCGAGUGGGGAAGCAGCAGCCCAACCAUUGGCUCCCUGAGACGUGUCACCGAGAUCAACUGAUGCAGUCACUUGUUACUUCACCCUCUUGUUCCCCCAAUGCAAAGAGCGUCUCAGUGAGGUCACAACACUGUUGUGUCCAAACCUGAAAUUCUACAUUGUAAUGAUGGUGCGUCUGAUGUUGGGUUUGGUGUGUUGCUCUGCAUUGUUGGAAAGAAGUUCUCAAGCAAUGCUCACAGAAAAAUGAUGAUGAUUUUUCUUUUUUGGGCUUUGGUCAUCCCAUAGCUAAAUGGUUUGCCUCGCCUGUCCCCAACCUCCUGUCCUUCUGAAAAUCACAAUAAAUGAAAACUUUGUGAAA